AUGGGCAAAAGAUUCGCUGUAACCCCAAUGGAGGCUAUGAUGCUACCAGAUUAUUAUCAACUUCCUGUUGAAUGCGAGUCAGAAGCAUCUGCAUUCGAUGCCUUUGUGAACUGCACAAAUCGCAUGAUCUGUUCUUGCGAAAAUAUGAAAGCACAGCAAACAUUGAUAGCAAAGAAAUCUAUGCGCUCUCCAAGCAAGGAGAGAUCAAUAGAAUCCAAUUUGCUUAUUGGCGGCACCGAGUACAUAAUCAAUCAACCAUUUGAGAUGUCGAAGCUAGGGCGUACCCCAGAAGCGACGCGCAUUGUCCUUGCCCGGGCAAUGUGGCAAAUAUGCGAGGACUACCGGCUUGAGGACGGAGCCGGCCAAAGAAGCGAUAGCUACAAGCUCAUCUACCACGGCACAUCAAAUCGCAAUGGCGUUGGUAUCAUAUUGAACGAGUCGUUUAGAAACAGCGUCACCGAUGUGGAUCGACUAUCGGAUCGUCUGAUGGCUGUAAAAGUAGACACAGGAGAAGUGGAAUUAUCUGGAGCAGUACGUCCUUGGAACGAGGACGUUCAGGUGGCAAUUCGCGAGAAGAAGUCGGACCGCUACAAGGCUGCGUACGACAUGCUUGAUACCAGAGAAGGCGAGCAGGCAGUGUAUCGCUUAGUCAGAGGGCGUCAUCGCUCAACGUUGGAUAUGAAGCGCACCAAGAUCGUUAAGGGAGCUGAUGGAGUUCUGCGCCGCUCUGGUCAGAUCCUGGAGAGGUGGCGAGAAUACUACAAUCACUUGUGUAACGAAGAGUUCUGUCAUCCUCCCAUACCAACUGUUCCCAGCGUCGAGGGUCCUGUUCUACCAAUUACUGCCGUCGAGGUCAGUGCUGCCCUCGCAAAAAUGAAGUCGAACAAGGCAACUGGUCCUGAUGACAUACCUGCUGAUGUCUGGAAGCUGCUAGGAGAUCGAGGACGUUUGGCAAACUUCCGUGACCGUGCCUGUCACGGGAAAGGGAAAGGAGACAUUGCUGACUGCACUUCGUGCAGGCCUAUACGACUGCUGUGCCAUACGAUAAAGGUUUUUGAGCGUGUCCUGGAGGCUCGUCUGAGGAAAAUUGUCAGCAUUUCACUCAACCAGUGCGGUUUUGUGAAGGACUGCAGCACUAUAGACGCUAUCCAUGCUGUCCGAAUCCUCCUGGAGAAACAUCGAGAGAAGAACCGCAGUGUGCAUCUUGCUUUUCUCGAUCUCGAGAAAGCUUUCGACCGUGUCCCACAUGAGCUGUUAUGGAUGUCCAUGAGGUUGCAUAGAGUGCCAGAAGAAUAUGUGCGGUGGAUGAAGCUGCUUUAUGCGAAGCCUACCAGCGUUGUACGAUGUGCUGCUGGAACAAGCAGGCCAUUCCCUGUACAAGUAGGGGUUCAUCAGGGUUCAUCCCUCUCACCCCUGCUGUUCAUACUGUGCUUGGACACGAUAACGAAGGAAAUCCAGAAGCUGCAUCCGCGGACCCUACUCUUUGCCGACGAUGUCAUGCUCGCGUCGGAGUCUCGAGAUGAUCUUCAGAAACUUCAGUACAGUCUUGGAAGGAUCGGCUGCAGCAACAUGGAUUGCGCCUCAACAUAUCAAAAACUGAGCGACAUUGAUCAAGAAUGUCGAGCACGUGUUAAUGCGGCAUGGAUGAAAUGGAAAAUGGCAACAGGGGUACUGUGCGACAAGAAAGUCCCUGUUCGACUGAAGUCGAAGAUCUACAGGACGGUUGUGCGUCCUGUUGCCCUUUAUGGAGUGCGAGUGCUGGCCGCCGAUCAAAGCUGA